CUAUUCCAACAGCCUUGCUCGGUCUUACGGAUUUCCAAAGGAAUCCGGGAUUAGGCACGCGGUGGAAUGAUCCAUUAGCCGGCAUCUCUGCCGGCUGGACGGGUCGAUGAUGCGGGUGGCAUAUGCGACUUCGACUCCUCACUCUAGCCGUGAUUAUUCGCUGAAACUCCCCAGCGGACACACAACUCUUCUUGUGCAUCUAUAAUAAAGGUGCCAUGCAAGAAGAUAGACGUAGGGCAAUGACCUUCUCCAACGAGGCAUUCCCAUCCCACAGCUUCUGUCUGAGACGUGACUUUGACAAUGACCCGCAAAGCCCUGGAGGAACUCGUCGACUCAAUCGCAGAAAAUGGAGAGAUCCUGAAGCAGCAAGUGCGGAGCGAAACCAACAAUUAGCUCGGCAACUGCCUAGCUGAUCCAUGUAGGAUGGAUGAAGAGGCCUCCAAGGCGGGUCUAGCUAUCAUCGACGCAUCGAAGCGGCUGAUCCGUCUGGUGACUGGGCCAUACAAUCUGUUUUAUGAUAUGAUGUCCGAGGUUUUCCAGGUCGGCGCGAUCCGCGCACUGAUGAACUUCGGUAUUCCUCAGUUGAUCCCUCUCCACGAGCCCCUAGCUGCGAUCGUCCUUGAACUCCGCUUUCUGCAGGAGGUCGAGGCCGAGAUGUUCGGUCAUACCCCGCUGUCGGCGCUCUGCGUGCACGACCCUGUCGCCACGCGCAGCUGCAUGUGGAAUCUGAACGUCACCUUUCCAGUCGCCAGUAAGAUCUACGAAGGGCUCAAGGUUGACCCCACCGCCAGCGACAACACGCGCUGCGCUGCCAGUGUGGCCUAUGCUUCCCCCGAGAAGCAAAUCACCAAUAUCCGGGACUAUCACCGAUCGUACCCAACGCUGGAGCUGGGGUUUCAGGACUACGUGAAGGCGACGACGCGGAGUGCAUACUAUUCGUCCCUGCACACCGUGCGGGAAUUUGACUGGUCGAGCGUACAAACUGUCGUUGAUAUUGGCAGCUUCUCAGGCCACGUGAGCAUGGCCCUCACAGAAGCACACUCUCACCUUCACUGCAUUGUCGAGGACCUACCCGACGUAAUCAGCGAAGGCCGCGAGACGCUGCCCCCGACCUACGCGGACAAGAUCGAAUACCUCGCCCACAGCUUCUUCGAGCCCCCGCCAGUUGUCACGGUGGACUGCUUCCUACGGUUCAUCCUGCACAACUGGUUGGAUGAGGACGUCUGUCGGAUCAUCGCAAAUCUGUCGCCUGCUCUGCGGCCCGGCGUGUGGGUGGUCAUUGCGGACAUCGUCCUCCCGGAAUUGGGAUCGUCUUCUGGACAGGUAGAAGCGAUCGUGCGGUACAUGGAUAGCCGAAUGCUAGCGCUGUUCGGGGGUCGCGAGCGAACCAAGAAUGAUCUCGUCGCGGUGGUGCCAGGGGUGGAUAGGCGGCUGGUGUGGAAGUCGUGCGCGCAGCCGGAGGGGAGUGUGGCAAGCUUCCUGUCCUUUCAGUGUAUUUGAGCUGUACUCGCCCUCGUAGCCAGUAGGUG